ACGCGCUCUACCUUCUUUUCACGGCGCUCUGAAGCAGCGCGCGACUUCUCUCCUCGCUCCCCUGUCUCCAGACACCCACACCUGGAUUCGCCGCGUGAAACGUCCUCUUCUGCCUCUGCCAGCCAACUGGGAAACUGUGUUCGUCUUCAGAUCGACACACAAGAGUAGGGUGGCCAUGGUGAUUGACAGAUGAUCUGACAGAGGAAGACAUCAGACGCUGUCGCUGUGCUGGUUAUUAUGGGGUGUACCUGUUGCAAGCAGAAAAAGUCCGGCAAAUCAUUCGGAGCAACAUCAGCAACAGUAGAUGUUCCUGAUCUGUCUGCAAACAAUGCAGAAGGGAUGUGUGGAGGUUUGUCCCAGGGACGCUACUGUCCGGACCCCACUAUCCCAGACUUCAACAAGCCCUUCCCGUCCCCGUCUGUCUUCCCCGUCACCAACGCACACUCCCGGCCUGGCGGCAUGGGCGGUGGAGUCACUCUCUUUGUAGCGUUGUACGACUACGACGCGCGCACUGAAGAUGACCUCACUUUCCUGAAAGGAGAGAAGUUCCAAAUCAUCAACAACACGGAGGGUGACUGGUGGGAAGCCCGCUCGUUGAACACCGGCAACUCAGGAUACAUCCCCUCCAAUUAUGUAGCUCCGGUUGACUCCAUACAGGCCGAGGAGUGGUAUUUUGGGAAGAUGGGGAGGAAGGAUGCGGAGAGACAGCUGCUGGCUCAGGGCAACCAGAGGGGGACCUUCCUCAUACGAGAGAGUGAGACCACCAAAGGCGCCUACUCUCUGUCCAUCCGUGACUGGGACGACACCAAGGGAGAACACGUCAAGCAUUAUAAGAUCCGCAAGCUAGACAACGGUGGCUACUACAUCACCACGAGGUCGCAGUUCGACACUGUUCAGCAGCUGGUACAGCACUACACAGAGAGAGCGGCGGGACUGUGCUGCCGUUUGAUGGGCAGCUGUAAGAGGGGCAUGCCUAAGCUGGCCGACUUAUCGGUGAAGACCAAGGAUAUGUGGGAGAUUCCCCGCGAGUCUCUCCAGCUGAUUAAGAAACUGGGCAACGGCCAGUUUGGAGAAGUCUGGAUGGGCAUGUGGAACGGCACCACCAAGGUAGCGGUGAAGACUCUGAAGCCAGGAACCAUGUCCCCCGAGGCGUUCCUGGAGGAGGCUCAGAUCAUGAAGAGGCUCCGGCACGACAAGCUGGUGCAGCUCUACGCCGUCGUGUCUGAGGAGCCCAUCUACAUUAUCACGGAGUUCAUGAGCCAAGGAAGCUUGCUGGACUUCUUAAAGGACGGAGAAGGGCAGAACCUGAAGCUGCCUCAGCUGGUGGACAUGGCAGCACAGAUUGCAGCUGGGAUGGCAUACAUCGAGCGGAUGAACUACAUCCAUCGUGACCUGCGAGCUGCCAACAUCCUCGUUGGAGACAAUCUGGUGUGCAAGAUCGCUGACUUUGGCCUGGCCAGGCUGAUUGAGGACAACGAGUACACAGCCAGACAAGGAGCGAAGUUCCCCAUCAAGUGGACGGCUCCAGAAGCUGCACUCUAUGGACGCUUCACCAUCAAGUCAGAUGUCUGGAGCUUCGGCAUCCUGCUGACCGAACUCAUCACUAAGGGACGUGUGCCCUACCCAGGCAUGAACAACCGUGAGGUGCUGGAGCAGGUGGAGAGAGGCUACCGAAUGCCAGGUGCCCACGGCUGCCCCGCCUCGCUCCACGAACUGAUGCUGCAGUGCUGGAGGCGGGAGGCCGACGAGAGGCCCACCUUUGAGUACCUGCAGUCCUUCCUGGAGGAUUACUUUACCGCCACGGAGCCGCAGUACCAGCCCGGAGAAAACCUGUGACCGGGAUCCCGUCGGGCAGAUGUGGCGCUUUAAAUAGCAUAAAAAAAAUACAGCGACGGGCAAUGUUGAAGUCGUGCAUUUAUCUGUGCCUUCGGUGUUUUUUGAUCCGCGCGUCCUCACGUGAAGAAACAUAUCAAUGACUUUUGACAUUUCCUUUGUUGUGGUUGCUGAUCGCCGCCUCCUGCUCAGAGCAGAUCAGUUAUCCAUGCUGAGGAGUUGGAGCUCUCCUGGCCCGGCCUUGCAGUGAUGUUGCUUUACUCUGUAACCAUGACAACAAGCGACUGAAAGAAAAUGUAGAUGCUCGCGUUGAGGGGUGGGUUGAGGGAGUCCAGUGGGUGCAUGAUCUGUUCAGCUGCCAGAUUUCUCCAGGUCCUUUGAUUUCUUUUUUCUGCGAGGAGAAUGCCAUCAGAUUGACUGAUUUCUGUGUGACGAACGUGCCGAUGCUAAACGAGCCCCGCCUGCAACAAGUUGCACGUCCCAGGGAAGCUCAUGCAGCUGUGGGUGAACCUCACAGUUCUUUAUCUGACCAGAUCACGCCCUGAUAUUUAAAAAAGAUGUUCUCUUUAGCAAUAACUGAGCAGACGUCUGGUUUCAAUAUAUAGUUAUGAUUUUUGAUUUCAGAAAGGUCUGAUAUUAGAUCCAGUGCCUUUUAAUGCUGCGCUAAAAGUGGAAGGAGUAAGGAAUGUGCUUCACGUAUGAAUCGUCCCGUUGAAUGAGUCUGAUUUAACGGAAAUGUAUCUGCGCAUUACAAACCAUGCUAUAUCUAAUAAAUAUGUAUACAGUUAUCAUCCUUUAAGGUGGGAGGGUUAGAAAAGAUGAAGAGGAAGAAUCUCUGGCAGUGGAAUAUGAAGCAAUAGUCUUUUAAGUGGUCUUUGUUUUUAUAUCGUUAUUUUUUUUCCCCCCAUGACUGUAACCUUCAUGUUGUCAUGUUAUUGUAAUAAAGAUCGGAUAUCUUUUCAAGGUUA